UCACUGGUUCAACAGAAGGCUUAAACCCUGCCCGAGGACAACUGCCGUAGUUAUAAAGCAAGUAUAAACCCUAAACCCUAAUUGCAGAGAGAGAGAAAAUGAGGAAGAAGGUGGACGAACGCAUCCGGACCCUAAUCAGCAAUGGCGUCAAAAACCGGCACCGCUCCAUGUUCGUCAUCGUCGGCGACAAGUCCCGUGACCAGAUAGUGAAUCUUCAUUAUAUGCUAAGCAAUGAAGUAAAAAAAUCGCGUCCGACUGUCUUGUGGUGCUACAAGGACAAGCUUGAGCUCAGCAGUCACAAGAAAAAACGUGCUAAGCAGGUAAAAAAGAUGAUGCAGAGGGGACUGCUUGAUCCCGAGAAGGUUGAUCCUUUCUCACUUUUUGUUGAAAGUGGGGGAUUGACUUAUUGCUUGUACAAGGAUUCAGAAAGAAUUCUUGGUAAUACCUUUGGAAUGUGUAUACUUCAGGAUUUUGAGGCCUUGACUCCAAAUCUACUAGCAAGAACGAUAGAGACAGUUGAGGGAGGUGGACUAGUCAUAUUGUUGCUUCGUUCUCUAACCUCACUCACCAACCUCUACACCAUGGUUAUGGAUGUUCACGAUAGGUUUCGAACUGAAUCCCAUGCUAAGGCUACUGGGCGUUUUAACGAGCGUUUCUUAUUAUCGCUUGCAUCAUGCAAAUCAUGUGUAGUCAUGGAUGAUGAGCUGAAUAUUUUACCAAUUUCAUCUCAUAUGAGGUCAAUUACCCCGGUUCCAGUUAAAGAGGACUCUGAAGGGAUAUCAGAGGCACAAAGGGAAUUGAAGGAUUUAAAAGAGCAACUGAGUGAUGCCUUUCCAGUUGGCCCUUUAAUAAAGAAAUGUUGUACGUUGGACCAGGGAAAUGCUGUUGCUACAUUUCUUGAUGCAAUCUUGGACAAGACACUCCGAAGUACUGUUGCCUUGCUUGCUGCUCGAGGCCGUGGAAAAUCGGCUGCACUUGGUUUGGCAAUUUCAGGAGCUAUUGCUGCAGGGUAUUCAAAUAUCUUUGUAACUGCACCCAGCCCUGAGAACUUAAGAACCUUGUUCGAAUUUGUUUGCAAGGGUUUUGAUCAACUGGACUAUAAGGAACAUAUAGAUUAUGAUGUACAGAAAAGUAGUGACCCUUCGUUGAAGAAAGCAACCGUACAGAUCAAUAUAUACAAGCAGCACAGACAAACAAUUCAGUAUAUACGGCCACAUGAGCAUGAAAAGCUUUCCCAAGUUGAACUGUUGGUUGUUGAUGAAGCAGCUGCUAUUCCACUACCAGUAGUGAAAUCUUUGCUUGGUCCUUAUCUGGUCUUCCUUUCAUCUACUGUUAAUGGCUAUGAAGGUACGGGUCGGUCUUUGUCCCUAAAGCUUAUACAGCAAUUGGAAGAGCAAAGCCAAACGUCUGCUAAAGGGCCUGUAUCUGGUCGGCUUUUCAAAAAGAUAGAACUGAAAGAAUCUAUCAGAUAUGCUUCUGGUGAUCUGAUUGAAUCCUGGCUUCAUGGUUUACUUUGCUUGGAUAUCACAAAUUAUAUCCCUAAACUUAACGGGUUACCUGCACCAAGUGAGUGCGAUCUGUACUACAUUAACCGUGAUACACUGUUUUCAUAUCAUAAAGAUAGUGAGUUGUUCUUACAGCGAAUGAUGGCUCUAUAUGUUGCUUCCCACUACAAAAAUUCUCCAAAUGAUUUGCAACUAAUGGCUGAUGCCCCAGCUCACCACUUGUUUGUACUACUUGGCCCUGUUGAUGAGUCAAAAAAUCAGCUUCCUGAUAUUUUGUGCGUCAUUCAGGUAUGCCUUGAGGGAAAGAUUUCUCGUGAAUCUGCAAUGAAAAGUUUAAGCGAUGGUCAUCAGCCCUCUGGUGACCAGAUACCAUGGAAAUUCUGUGAGCAAUUUCAGGACACCGUUUUUCCCAGUCUCUCAGGUGCUCGGAUUGUACGAAUUGCUACACAUCCCAGUGCCAUGAAGAUUGGAUAUGGAUCACAAGCAGUGGAACUAUUGACAAGGUACUACGAAGGACAGUUUGCUCCUAUUUCUGAACUGGACAUUGAAGAUGUUGUUGAGACUCCACCACUCAAAGUCACAGAAGCUGCCGAGAAGGUUUCAUUACUGGAAGAAAGUAUAAAACCUAGAACAGAUCUUCCUCAUUUGCUCGUUCAUCUUCGUGAAAGGCGACCAGAGAAACUCCAUUAUAUUGGUGUCUCCUUUGGGCUUACAUUGGACCUUUUCCGGUUUUGGUGGAAACAUAAGUUUGUUCCAUUCUAUAUUGGACAUAUUCCAAGUGCUGUGACUGGGGAGCAUACAUGUAUGGUCCUCAAAUCUUUGAAGAAUGAUGAACUUGAAACCAGUGAUUUUCGUCCAUUCUACCUAGAUUUCAGGAGAAGAUUUUUGAGACUAUUGGGUUAUAGUUUUCGUACAAUGGAUUAUAGGCUUGCUAUGAGCAUCUUAGAUCCUAAGAUCAAUUACAAGGAUCUAGAGCCCAAAUCGUCUACCGUAGAUGGAUUCUUACAGUCAAUCACAGACUUACUUUCGCCUUAUGAUAUGAAGCGACUACAGGCCUACACCAGCAGUCUUGCUGACUUUCAUAUGAUUUUGGAUCUUGUUCCAACGCUUUCACAUCUGUAUUUCCAAGAGAAGCUUCCAGUGACAUUGACUGGUGCCCAGGCUUCCAUAUUGCUCUGCAUUGGCUUACAAAAUCAAGAUAUCUCCUAUAUUGAGGGGUUGAUGAAAUUGGAAAGGCAGCAAAUAUUGUCUCUCUUUAUAAAAGUUAUGAAAAAGUUUCACAAAUAUCUAUAUGCUAUUGCAUCUGAGGGCCUUGAGUCAACCUUUCCUAAACCAAAAGAAACUCUCUUGGAACCUCACAAAAUCUCUGUUGAUGAUGAUCUCAAUGAUGCUGCAAGAAAAGUUGAGGACGGGGUGAGAUCCAACAGAGAUGAAUCAUUAGAUCCCAAGUUGCUUCAGCAGUAUGCCAUUGGGGACAGAGAUGCAGACUUUGAGAAUGCAUUACAGAAUGGCGAUGUAAACUUACCGGCUGGUGGUCUCGUUAGUGUGAAAUCAAGUAGAAACAGAACGGAUAAAGGUAAAGAGAGAGAGAGUCAUAAGAGCGGGGAAAAGCGACGUAAAAAUGAGCAUGGCUCCAGCUCAAAGUCCAACAAAAAGAAGAAACAUUGACAUUAGUGACGGUCAUGUAUGCAACUAUUGUAACAUUCAGUAAGAAGUCACUUUAAGGUACCAGAGGCAAUAGUGAUAGUCAUGUAUGCAACUGUUAUAACAUUCAUUGCGUCAAUGACGAUGUAUUUUUGACACAAACAGAACAGGUAUGCAUCAGGAGAUGACAAUUUUGGUUCUUUAA